UACAACAGAGUGCUGGACAGAUGAUCCAGUAGCACUGAUUGCGAAGACUGUUGACUGUCGUCUAUCCACAACUGGGGCAGGUAUUUCAGGGGUGCAGUCGUCUGCUGUCUUCGAUUUACUGGUGCUGCACCUGUCAGUCAGUGUGCUGUGUGUUUGACCGCAGGCCUUUAAAAGCUUCAGAAGGCUUGCAGCGAGACGCAGCACUGUCAGUACGGCAGCGCCAAGCCGCAGCACUCGGCUGACUCACCCUGACUUUUUUCCCUCCGACCCCUCUCCCCAACUCUCUCCGACGAGGUAGUCACACACAGGUUUGUGAGAAGACUGCAAAGUGCGGACCUCCGGCUGGAAAUCUGACCUCUGACACUAAAAAGUCAACGUACUUUCGGGGCGAGACAGACUCGGGCGUCAUUGUUGUUCUGUCCGCGACGCCAUCUGCACGUGAUACCACUCCUUCCCUCUGGCUGGCUGACUGGCUGGCUGGGCUUCAGGUCUGUAGUAGUCUGUAUGUCGAUCUCACCCACCUCGGCUAACAAUGACAACGGUGAUUACCACGAAGCAGAUGUCUGUUUCUGCUGGAGUUUGUAAAGCUUAUAAUUGUAGGACAACAGGCACUCGGAUGUACGAGUGAGCGAAAUUUGGUUUCCUUUUGAGGAUAAAAAGUCAAAAAUAAAAAGACAAAUGAUGCACAAGAGACUCAUUGAAUACUGACUUACGUGUUAUUCAGUUUCCCUUCUGUGCCCCAAGGCUUGGCAGUUUUGCCACAGUGCAACCUAGCCAGGGUCACCACGUAGCCAGGGUCACCACGUAGCCAGGUCACAACUUUGAACAGACUGAAGUAAGCUGACAGUGAACAUCCAGUCACCGCCUCCUGCUUCUGAACAGACUGCAGCAAGUGGACAGCCGACAUUCAGUCAGCACUUCUUGAAACUGAACAGACCGCAUCUAGUCGACAGUUGACUUUGGGAAGCUGGCAGUGUGAGACCCAGCAUGGCGAUGGUCCAUAACCUUUGCCCUCUCUUUUCCUUAGUAAUAGCCAUGAGUCUGUCUCGUCUAUCGACGACUGCCAAAUGUGUAUGGCCACACCAGUAGAUGGCGCUCCCACAGCUGACAUUAUCACUCAUGUUCACAAGACAACGUCGCACACCUGGGACGUUUGGAAAAUAAAUUUCAACCUGUGUCCGCCAUCACUGUGCGGCUCGUCAGGAGAAUCUAGUGAGGCACCGGCUCCUCGUCCAGAAGGAACAGGUGGUACGGUCUUCUACCAGGGAGACAUCAUCGUCGACAGCAACGUCGCCCGCUUCAUCUAUCCCAGUCUCUACAGCAAGAAGCGGCGACACAAGAGAGCAACAGUACGCAUGCGCAAAAGACUCUGGAAAAACGGUGUCGUGCCUUACAUCUUCACUGACACUUUGACGCCCAUGGCACGGAGUGCGGUGCUGCAGGCCUUCUCGCACAUCCACAAAGUCACGUGCAUUCGGUUCCGACAGAAGGAGCAACACGACGCAGACUUCAUCAAGUUCAUCAGUGACCCUGGCUGCUGGUCAGGUAUAGGGCGAGUUGGCGGAGGUCAGUUGCUGAGCUUGGGGACAGGCUGUGACAACGUGGGCACGGCGGUGCACGAGAUAACACACAGUCUGGGAGUCUGGCACGAGCAGGCACGGAGUGACCGUGACAAGUAUGUGCGCGUGCUGGAGGAAAAUGUCUCGGAGAAAUUCCUGCCCGAUUUCCAGAAAAUUGGUCCAGCAUUGGCCACGUCCCGUGGAUAUCCGUAUGACUACAGAUCAAUCAUGCACUACUCCACGCACGCCUUCACUCGCAACGGUCAACCCACUAUAGAGGUGACUGGGGUCGGUAAAAAGCUGGGGAUAAGUCUCAAGUCUCGCAGCACACUCAGUAACAUCGACGUGGCUCAGCUGCGCGACAUGUACGACUGUAACUUGCAGAUGGACACCAACAAGACAGUGUGCCCCAAGUCCUGGGUGAAACACGAUUCCAGUUGCUACAAGUUCAUCCCUCAGCUCAAGAAGCAGUUUGCCGCAGCAGCCAAAUACUGCGAGGACCUCAACUCUCAUCUCGUGUUCAUCGAGACCAAGCGAGAAGACGAGUUCUUGGCCAAACGCAUUGGCGCUCGAUUCCCUGCUGUCGCCACGUGGCGAACAGGCGGCAGGGUUGAGAACACCACCAACAGGAUGGUGUGGUACCAGAAGGAGUCUGACGCCAGGCAGAUGACCUACAGCAACUGGGCCAAAGGUCACCCGGACUCACAUUACCUCAAUGGUCAUCCACUUCAACCGCACGACAAAGAGAACAGAGUGGAGAGGAGCUUGGGCAGGCUCCCAACAUCAGCUACCCGAGUUCACCUACCCGUUUAUAUGUGAACGGCGAGCUAGACGUCCGUGUCUCACCCUCGGCCACAGUGACGGUCGGGACUACAGGGGUGAUCUGGACCACACGGUAGAUGGCUACACGUGCCAGAAGUGGACUGAGCACUACCCACGUGCACACAACCUCACCAAAGCCUCCAGCGGU